AUGCGUGCAAGCUCCAUUGAUAUUCAUCCAAAUGCAACAUGGUCCAAGAAUGGUAUCACGGUUGCUGGAGGAAAUGGAUAUGGCAGUGAAAUCAAUCAACUCAAUUGCCCAUUGGGUUUGUACGUCGACGACGAUCAAACAGUUUACGUCGCUGAUCAAUACAAUCACCGUAUUGUGGAAUGGAAAUAUGGUGCAACGAAUGGAAAAGUAGUUGCUGGUGGAAAUGAAAAAGGGAAUGGAGCUCAUCAAUUAAAUGGCCCACGAGAUGUGAUUAUCGACAAAGAGAGCGAUAGUCUCAUCAUCAGUGAUGAAGGGAAUAAAAGAGUAGUUCGAUGGCCUCGUCGAAAUGGUACUCGUGGAGAAACAAUAAUUUCAAAUAUCUCUUGCUUUGGUUUGACAAUGGAUGACAAUGGUUUUCUCUAUGUCGUUGACAAUGGAAAACAUGGAGUGAGACGAUAUGAAAUUGAUGAUACUAAAGGAAUAAUGGUUGCAGGUGGCAAUGGAGAAGGAAAUCGUCUCGAUCAACUCUCUCAACCUCAAUACGUAUUUGUCGAUCGAGAUCAUUCAGUUUAUGUAUCUGAUUAUGGAAAUUUUCGCGUUAUGAAAUGGGAAGAAGGUGCAAAACAAGGCAUUGUCGUAGCCGGUGGUCAAGGAUUUGGAAAUAGUCUUACAAAAUUGAAUUAUCUUUAUGGAGUCAUUGUCGAUCAAAUGGGUACUGUCUAUGUGGCUGAUUCUUGGAAUUAUCGAAUCAUGCGUUGGCCAAAAGGAGCCACACGAGGAAGUAUCAUUGUUGGUGCAAACGAUUAUGGAACACAGUCGAAUCAACUCUAUGGUCCCAUAGGUUUAUCAUUCGAUCGACAUGGUAAUCUCUAUGUCGUCGAUCACAGUAAUCAUCGAGUACAAAAAUUUAACAUUGAAUGA